AUGAAGAAUCUCAACGAGAGGAAAGAGAGACGAACAACGCUUGAGAAGAAACUAGCAGAUGCAGAUGUAUGUGAAGAAGAUCAAAACAAUCUUUUAAAGUUUCUUGAGAAGAAAGAAACAGAGUACAUGAGACUCCAAAGGCAUAAGAUGGGUGCUGAUGAUUUCGAACUCUUGACUAUGAUCGGUAAAGGAGCUUUUGGUGAGGUUCGAGUUUGUAGAGAGAAGAACACUGGUCAUGUUUUUGCUAUGAAGAAGCUCAAGAAGUCAGAAAUGCUACGGCGAGGCCAGGUGGAGCAUGUAAGAUCGGAGAGGAAUUUACUAGCAGAAGUAGAUAGUAACUGUAUAGUGAAACUAUAUUGUUCUUUUCAAGACGAUGACUAUCUUUACCUGAUAAUGGAGUAUCUUCCCGGUGGUGAUAUGAUGACUCUUCUGAUGAGGAAAGACACUUUAAGUGAAGAUGAAGCUAGAUUCUAUGUCGCUGAAGCUGUUCUGGCUAUUGAAUCUAUCCAUAAACGCAACUAUAUCCACAGGGACAUAAAACCGGAUAAUCUAUUGCUUGAUAGAAUUGGACAUUUGAGGUUGUCUGAUUUUGGACUAUGUAAGCCGUUGGAUUGUAGUGUCAUUGAAAGUGAAGAUUUCUCCGGAGGAGGCUUAGAGAGAGAAGAGAUCACAUCAACUGCUCCUAAACGCUCUCAGCAAGAACAGUUGCAACAUUGGCAAAAGAAUCGAAGAAUGCUUGCUUACUCAACCGUUGGUACACCAGACUACAUUGCACCUGAAGUCUUGUUAAAGAAAGGGUACGGCAUGGAAUGUGACUGGUGGUCACUAGGAGCCAUAAUGUACGAGAUGCUUGUUGGGUAUCCACCGUUUUACGCCGACGACCCAAUGUCUACUUGUAGAAAGAUAGUGAAUUGGAAAACACAUUUGAAAUUCCCUGAGGAAGCAAGGCUAUCACGAGAGGCUAAAGAUCUCGUUGGUAAGCUUUUGUGUAAUGUCAACCAACGACUCGGUGCCUCUCAAAUUAAGGCACAUCCAUGGUUCGAAGGUGUUGAGUGGGAAAAGAUUUACCAAAUGGAAGCUGCUUAUAUUCCUGAGGUCAACGAUGAUUUGGAUACUCAAAAUUUUGAGAAGUUUGAUGAGGAAGAUCAUCAAACUCUAACACCCUCCUCUAGAACAGGACCAUGGAGAAAAAUGUUAUCUUCAAAAGACAUAAACUUUGUUGGCUACACAUACAAAAAUUUCGAAAUCGUCAACGAUUAUCAAGUCCCUGGAAUAGCGGAACUGAAGAAGAAAGAGACAAAACCAAAGAGACCAUCCGUUAGGUCACUAUUCGAGAGCGAAUCAUCAGAGUCGUCGUCAGAGACGGUGACUGAUACGGAGAAACACACCAUCAACCGUUGUUUCUCGAAUCCGACGUCUCGUGAAAUUGAACGCAAGCUGAGACGUCAAGAGUCCAAGUAG